AUGAAUCUCCUCUUGGUCAUCCUCUCUGCGGUCAGCAUCAUCAUAGCCAACAAACUCGACGCCUUGGAUCCUUGUGUCCUCUCUUGCAUGCUCACGACGCUACCCAAGUUUGGAUGCAAAGGGAGCGACGAAGACAUUGUGUUCUGCGGUUGCCGGAUUAUCGAUAGAUAUGCCAUCGUCGGACCCAUUGCGGAUUGUACAGACAAAAAUUGCAACAUCACCUUGGGCCAGUUCCCCCCUUCUCUCCAGAAUACUGAGGCUUGUUCGAAUGCCUUUGGGCCCUCUGCAACCGAAACGCCGCUACCACGUUAUAUCCCUACUUUUGGAAGAGAGCCUCCAUCUCAGUCGCCCAGCAGUCCAGCCUCGAGUACGCCAAUUGACCCAGGUACCAGUCUCCUGAGCAAUGUCGUGACCAUGGCCCCUACCUCGACAGUUCUUACAACGACAGACUUCAAUAAUACUCCAACCAGCACUCCAAAUACUACUCCGACUGUCAGUGGAACUAGUCCCCCAGCAGGUGCGCCUCCAGCAGGAGCUCCGAUCCGCCCUGGAACCAGCAGAUCCAGCAGAUCCAGCACCUCGAUCCACGGUCUAGUUGGCACUGUUAGCACAAAUACUCCGAUAGGCGGUCUGGUCACCGACGGCCCAAAACCUACUCCCACGGGCACUCCAGCACCCGCUUCGGAUGGCCCAGGCAUAUCCCCCGCCGUCGUCGCGACCAUUGUUGUCGCUACCGUGACGGUCGUCGGCGUGCCCUUGUGGCUGAUACGAUGCUACCGAUGGCGCGAGCAGAAGACCAAGUCGAACGCGGAGGAAACCGCCGCGUCAGUGGCGGCAGGGAAGCACGUCGAUUCUGUUGUUGCGGGGUAUUCUGAGCUAUUUGGUUCAACGGAGAUGAGACACGAAAUGUCGCCAGACACGCAGCCAAACGUUCCAUUGCCGCUGUACGUCAACACGAUAGCGGAGAUUGACUCAAAUCCCCUCCGAAAGACAGCAGGAGUGUCUUCAGAAGAGUUGUCACCGGACGACGCCAACAGCCGAACAGUGUCGUUUAGCGCCACGACGGCAGUCUCCCGUUCAGAGAUGCAGCAGGCUGCGGAUGAGGAUGAGGAUGAGGCCACCAUGCAGACGCCUGAGGACGCUCCGAAGGCCAGAAUCGACGCGGAAUCAGAGCUAGACAUGCUCCGCAAGAGACAAAAAGAGCUGGAAAAAAAGCGGCAUUACCUUCGGCAAAUACAGGGGAUUGAGGAGGAGGAGGCGCGGCUUCAGCAACGGAUUGACGAGCUGAAGCGGCAAUCCCCGCCGCCCGAAGACUAA